AGUCCCAUUCGAAAGUUGCCAAGCUCGUCUGUCCGACAGACCGCAAGCUGUUUCUUUCAGUCUCAAAGCGAUCGUCGUGCUCAGAACAGUGUGUAUUGUGCGCUCAGUCCCUUCAAGUGGCGCCACACGUACGUACGUGAGUUCGAGAUCGCUUAAACCCCGAUACGGUCCAGAGCUGAUGACCGUAGUCCGGCCUGACCUCAUCAUCGGGUUUAGAUGUCAAUCUGAUUACGUCCAAGUGUGUUAGUAGUAGUAAUAGUUCAUCAAGAACCGAAGACAUGGAUCUUAGAUCCGUUUACGAAUUUGUGACUGUGAUAACUCUGGUGAUUAGUUGGGCGUCUUGUUCCGACGUCAGCGACGCCGAAGAUGCUGUUAGAGUCAACAGGCCGAUAGUGAGGACUGAUAAUGUCCAGCCCUGGGUCAGAUUUUCAUCAGAUUACGUGAGAUGUUUCUGCAACCUGCCAUCUUGCGUGCAUACUGGUUACAUGUGCAAAUCUAGCGGUGCCGGUUGUUUCUUCGAUUUGUGGGAAGGCACCGGUCAUCCUACGGGAUACCGUGGAAGACAUGGAUGUUUGGAACUCAUCAACACAAAAGAAACACAAUGUACAAAUGACAGGGAAACGAUAAGAACGAACAAGAAGAACUCCUCAAAGCGUUACAUUCACUGCUGCUCGCAAGAUAUGUGCAACCAUAUGGACAGCCCUCAGACAAAAUUUCUCAUCAACAGCACCUUUCAUGGUACAACAGUACGAAGAGAAAACAUGCACAACCAUAGGCCUAUUGGCUAUUCGAAUUCAGAAGUUUGGUUCAGGGCAGCCACCAUUGCUGUGCCAAUAUGUGGGGCAGUCAUACUGUUUGUGCUCAUCGCUCUGGCAAUAAGAAUUCUAAGGAAUGAGAGACAUAACUCUCUAAACUACAAACUUGGGCCUUCCAUGUACAUCCCCCACGUACCCACAAGAGAAAAGUACUGUUACCAUCACUACGAUUACCAAAAGAAGCAGAUCCCGAGAGCCCACAACCCGAUCUACAGGCCGACAACUGUAGAAAUGACCAACCACCAGAGGCAGGUGGAAGCCCCUUUGCUUGUCCAAAACGAGACAAGCAACACACAAAAAAAUAGUUGCAAAAACGAAACCAACGCCAAGUUGAACCAACUGCACUGUGAUCCGUUGAGUGAAUACCUCAACUCGGAGGGAAAGUCCAUCAUAUUGGAUAUUAGGAAGGAGUGUACUAAGGAACCUCUGAAUAAUAUCAAUAUGAACAUCAAGGAGGAGGAAAAAUACUCAGAUAUAAAAUAUGGGGAUAAAGACUAUGGAAAGAGUCAUUACAAUGUAUGAAGUAGUUCAAACGACCCAUUGUAUAUCACUGUGCAAGAAGAUUCCAAAAAGAUUGGGAGGAUGAAAAGAAAUCAAUUUCAAGACAAAUGUAUUUAAAAAAUUGGUUUUUUAAACUACAAAGAUAUUAAUUCUCUUUGCAUCAACUGAGGAAUAGGUAAAUGUGUAAAUUAAAAAAAAUUUUAAUGAGACGAAAGAGGUAAUUCUUGUUUCACUUAUUAGGCUGUGAAUAUUUUUGUAACUGCCAUUGUGUUGUUAUUGAAGAGUUUUUUUCUCUUCUGAAAAAUUGAUUUGUGAUUUUCGGGGAAAUCCCGAAUACUAACAAGAAUAUUGACUGCUCAAUUCAGUUAUUUGUAUAUACUAACAAGUUUUUCAAUUUGUAAAAAUAUAUUUUUAUGUGAAUCUCUAUCUGUACCUAGUAUUGUAUGUAAUCUCUCUAUAGUUUGUAUGGAUUCAAUUGUAAAUUUCUGAUUAUUAUUUAUUUAAUCAUUCCUGAUCGGUUAUGUUUUAUAUUAUUGUAUAAAUAUGUUUGAGUGAUUCAAACAAUUUUCCAUUUGUGCUUUUGAAAAUAUAUAGUUUUAUAUCGUAA